CAAUGGCGUACCGCUUAUGGUAUGUUCUUUUGGAUGAAGUUGGCCGAGGAAUAUCAUGGGAGCUUCUAUUGAUGAGUUGUAAGUACUAACUCGUAGGCACCUACGCGUUCAUCUUGGAAGAAAAAAUGAAAAACCGUCCAUGACCGUCACCGUUGGGUAAAGCUCGUUGUGGCUGCGGCCGCAGCGCCUUCUUCCGGGAUGCCGCCGCUACUUUCUGGGAUCCAGAGUACCGUGCCCCCGUCGUCGGUUUCGUCUUUAUCAGGUUCCUCCCCGUCCGCUCCCUAUGCAUUCCGCAAUCAUAUGUCGCGGUCUGGUGGAAGGAAAAGGAAUGAAACUUUUGAUGCCAGCGUCUCCACCCAGUCAGUCUCAGUCACACUAUUAAAAUGUUCGGACUUGUGUGACGCGCAGAGACAGGCCAUUCUCUUGUUGUCGUGUGGUAACUGGCUUGCAGGAGAAAAGAGCAACUUCAUAUUCAGAAUAGGGAUAAUUGACAGGGAUGUAAUAUGCAUAGAUAGACCUGGAAAGAACAUAGCUGUGGCAUGCACGGUUUCCGAUUCAUUUCUAGGUUUAUGGAUGCACGAGUGGCAUGAAGGCCUUGCACCUGCUCCAGACCAGGAUGGCAGCAUGCUUGUAUUUGAUACUCUUUCCUCACCAACAAGAACCAAACGAACGACCCGGAGGACUGCGUACUGCGCUUCAGCCGCACCAGUUCCUCACCGAAGUUUUGACCUCCGCAGCAAACGGCAGGUAGCGACCGAGAAGCGAACCGGAGAAGUACAGACGAGUAGAAUAAACCAGUGUAUAAGAUCUCGUCGCUCAACCAGACGGACGAGCGCAGCUGCUCGCGGUGGCGCGAAUGGAUCGGUAGCCGGAAUUGAGGCCCGCCGAAGGAAGCGAACCAAGUACGAGGACCACGAUGAUGGUACGAUGGACUCUAGUGCUGCGACUAAGCAUUCUAUCCAGAGCCGCAUCGCCGAGUUAUGUGCCCCGGCGUGGCCGACGAUUUUAUGCAGGCUUCAGAACAAGAUGCGCAAUCGUGAAAGGAAAGUCAUGGUAGUUCCUUUCCAGUUUCCCUGCAUUAGAAUUAGAAAAAAACAAAAAGGGUGAGCUUGUUCUUGAAAGUAGCCCAGGCAGCAUAAUCACCCACCUUGCGCAAUACAGUCAGAUCAAUGAAUUUGCCGUUUGUCUUUUUUGUUCCAAACCUGAAUGAAGGAUAAGCAGAUUUUGUAUUGUUGACCACACCGGAGGACAGGGCGACGAAGAUGAAAUCUCUGAUCGUGAUUUACUUUUGGCCUCAUCAGAGAGGCUUGAUUCAAUUUUUUACACCAUUUCAGAAAUAUCAUUAUCAAAACACAAGUGUGUCGUUGUAUUGUAUGCGUCUUUUCUCGUACAGUGAGCUACCCUUGUCGUGCGCUGCGCAGAAUAAAUACAAGUGGAAACAACUGCAACAAGUGGCACGGAAGUUCGAAUUUUUCCUGUGCGCACUUGUGCUGGAGUGUACACACACUGGCCUUUGAAUCAAGGGCGAUGCUUUUUCUUACUUUUUCACGAUUGCUCGCCUCGACCUGGCGCUGGGAUACGGAUUUGAAUCAUGGCCGCCCUCUGAACCAGCCACGAAAAGUACCGUCUGGCCGCGCUGCCACUUUCUAUCAAACGCAGAAGUACUAGAGCGAGUACUGCUUGCUUCAUGUCCUUUCACCUUGCUGUCCUUUUUGGCAAGAGAGAGAGAACGUUCUAAAAGAGUAGCUGUGCAGCUUGGAAAGGCAACAGAAAAAACAUUUGAGUAUUUGGAUGUGAGCCUCUACUUGCUCAUCAUGGUAAGGCUGAGGCGUUAAAUGCAGUCAAUGCGACGCUCUCUUGGCGAACUAGCUACUUAACUUUGGCAUGCAAGUAAUUUUAUCAGGUUUGAGUUUCACGACGAUGACAGCACUUGCCUUACAUAUUCAAUUGUAACGAGGCUACAACGAUGAAGGCCUGGGUGGCGUCAGCACAGAGCAAAGGCAUGGAGGGGGCUUGAUGGUACUCGUCGCGGAACUUACCUCUGGCAUACUUCGCUUGCUAUGAAGCGCAAGAUUUGUCGUGUUAUCUAGAAGCGGUCAUAUCAUUUCGCACUGUAGAAGUAGGAACCUAGUCUUUGCAGACACCUAGCUCCGCCGAAACGAUAAAUAUCGUGUGGAUGAGAAUAACACAAAACAGAAAUCUGGGAAGGAGUCUGCUUCUCAUUUUCUGCCACGCUUUUUUUCCGUGUGACAAACGAAUGCAUUGCCAAAGACUUGUGCCGUAGGUGGCAUGAUCAUGCAUGCGGCGAAGAGGUAAAGAAGACGUGUCGCAAUUUCCACCAUGAAGAGCGUUUCAAUGACUAGGCACACACGAGGACCUCUCACUUAAAUCAAAGAAGAAAAGUUGAAGGUUGUUAACAUGCUGAAGAAUAAACUCGUAGAGAGACUGAAUGGGCAUGCAUAAAUCUCGUUGGAUGUAGUUGACAGCUUACACGGCUUUUUGCGCGGGAUAUCUUGCUUGUCGCCCUGCUGGCAUGGACAUCCUUUUUGAUUCGCUGCGGCACCGCAACAGACACCAACCGAAAUGCCGGCUUGCGAGAAAUUGUUAUGGCAGAUAAAUGAAUAAAAGCUACUAGUAGCAUAGUUGCGAAUUAUGACAUGAUUGUAAAGAUGCAAAAAGUUGUAAAAGAUUUCGAUUGGGUUGACCACUUAUGUAUAGAAUGUUGCGUUCUUUUUUCGAUAGUUGUGCAUCGCAAUUAUUGUAAUGCUAUGCUACUAGCUUCAUUUUUUUCGGCUCAUACAAGCGGCACCCGGAAAUGACGAAGUUUCCUUGACGUCGUCGUCUGACACCGUCAAUUUGCACCGCUACGAAAGGGAACUGAUGAGGAAUAGCUUGUUGAUUUGUUCCUGAUGAAGCGAGCAACAGCAAAUAGGCAUUCUGCGCCUUUGCUGGACAAAUGAGCAUGAGCAUCGUUCUUUUUUGCUCUGCUGCCAUAUUUGUUGCAAGCGAAGCGAGAACUACUAUCUUACAUCAGUGAAGACCCGUAAGCUGCCUCGCACAGGAGCGGCGCUACUGCUAACGAAAAUUCGGACUCUCGUUUGUUCAAAAGAAAGAAUGGAAACAUCACUUUUGUACAACUUCGUGUUCGUAUAAGUAAAGUUUUAUUAACUCGCUCAUCAAAUUUCCCUGUAUGACGAUGAGCAGGAACAGGUUCAAGGGGAAGCGGCAGCUGUUGUGCCUCGGCAAAAGGAAACGGACCAUUCGACGACCGUGUACGACAAGAAAAAGGGUCGUCGGCGCACCACUUCCUCAGGUGAAGCAGCUUCGGGUCCUUCUUUCAAGCAAGCGGCUCGUGGCGGCGGGAUGAAAAAGCACACGACAGUAGUGGUGUCCUCGGCCGCCAGUACAGCAGAUGAAGACGCAGAAGUCGGCUGUACCAAAGUGCGAGUUGUCAUGGUCAUCUCCUGAGUGGCGGGCAGAAAGGGUUUGUUUCGCCGAAAAGGUAAACGUAUAAAUUGAUAUGCAUGCUGAUGCUUCUCCUGCUUGAGAAUUUGGGUCAGUUUCUUUGUGACGUAAUGUACGAUCCCACGUGAAUGAAAAUAACCAAAGCGAGAUCGGCCGAUGAGUCGCGAUAUGACACGGGAGCCCAAAUUUACUACUCUGUGAGAAUUCCAAAUCCAAUUUAUUUCAAUGAAUUGUGCGUACAGCUGUUAGCGGCGCAUGAAACAAGAAGAGAGGGGCUUAUCAAAAACUCCGUUUGCAUAAAAUGCGCCAAGAGGUACAAACUUCCAUGCGCUAUUUUUGAUUGCCGGCGUGAAGUGCUGGAAGCUUCUGCUUGUGUUUGUCCGAGCUGCAAGCCUCUCAGUCGACGAAGAGCGCGUGUGCUUGUACGUGGUUUAAAGUAGAAUCCCUAGUCGUACAUCGACAAUGAUAUCUCCAUAAAUCCCAAGAAGAUGCGACGUACAAUCUAACCCUGAAGAGCCGAGUCGUUUUCUCAUCGGGAGAUGACAUUUCUUUCUCCAUGAUAACCACGACCGCAGGGCACGACGAUUAUGAUGACGGCCUCUUGCAAUCAACUAACACCAGUUAAUAUGGCUUUCGUCGGUGUGAUAAAGCUCGCAGGCGUUUUUUUCUGAUUUGUGAUGCCUGCACACAAAUGAAACGUUUCUUAAAGGAGACAAAUUCUCGCAUGGGAGUUCCUGUAUCGUUGCCUUUUUCUAUUCAUGAUUUCAGUGCCAUGAUCUCUAAGAUUGUCUUGUUGGCUGGUUGCCACAAUUUAUUGGGUACUUACGGGCGUGAGCAAAAACGCAGCAAAGACAAGCUCGUUUCACUUUUUUUUUUGACGAUACAUAGUUAGAUACAUUUUCUACUUAAUUUUUUACGAUAAUUCGUUUGCCUCAGCGGUUGUUCGAGGGCCGUCAUACCCGAGAAGGCCAUACUUCUAGCAGGUUGCUUUCUUAUGCGCAUCGGGACGGAAAAAAUGAAACAGCAGGACGAGCACGUACCGCAAGCCACAUGGAAACGACGACAUGGAAAGGUGGGGGAGUAUCCUGAGUAAAGACCAUCCCUCUUUGCUUCGUCGUUUCGUUGUCCUUCUCUUUUCCUUUGUCAAAAUCUGAAGUUUCUCCCUGGUUUGGUGCGGUCUUUUGCUAGUACAAAAGCAUUCCGAAGUUGUCACGCAGAUUUGCACUUCCUUCUGCUUCUACUCCUUGUCCUUAGCACGUGUCGCUGGGUGCAUGUGUCCAUUACAAGAUGAUGAUGGUUAAACAUUUGUACAAAUAUGGACAUCCUCACGAGAGGCUUGUCUCUGGGUAGCUCUAGUCGUGUUUUGGAAUUUGCUGCGAACAGGAUAAGCGGACGGCUUUCUGCUGCGGCUGCCCUUGCACACAAGCAUCGCACGACAGAUACAAAAUGCGUCAUGCGCGACUCCCAAUAGUUCUAGAUUUGUGCUUUAGAGUGCUGUACUUGACUACAGGGUGGAUACGUUUUUGCUCAGGAUAGGGAGGGGCAAAACGAGAGGAGCAAUGUGAUGACGAUGACAAAAUGAUUCCCGGCAACUUGGUCAAAGCGGGCGAGUUCAUACGGUGCAAAGCCAACGCAUAUGAAGGCUUGAAUUAGCAACUGAUCUUCCGACUCAGCGGCCUGGAAUAAUUUUGGCGCAAGAUGACGAGCCGGGAGAUUUUCCAGAAGUGCAAGACUCUUUUCUGCGAAUUUUGAUUUUCCAAAAGUGCAAAAGCAGAUUGCCGGAAGCUUUUCACACAAGAAUCGAAAACGGUGCAAGACUCUUUAUGGUUGAGUUUUUUCGCAAAAGAGCCAAAAGCGGUGAAUUCCGGUGCAAGACCCUUGUAUGGGAAUUUUCCAAAAGUGCAAGAGCAGAUGGCCGCAAUUUUUUCAUCAAAGAGUCAAAAACGACGAAAAUUUUUGGAAUUAUUCCAGGCCGCUAGGGGGAUCAGAUGCUACUUGAAGUAUUCAUACCCGCGAAAGCUCAGGCUUGCCGCAGCCGAGACUCUACUACGGAUACAUGCCACAGCUUGGAACGCUUCGCGGUGCUGCCUGGAUAUAUCACCUGCCACAGAAUGUGUCUUGGUCUGCGAGAACGUAGAUCGGGAUAAUACCAGUUCCUGGAAGCUUGCAAAGUUGUUAAGUCAUCAAAUAAAUAGAGAGGCGGGCGGCGGCCAAGCAAUUGUGAAGUAGCCGCCCGGAUAGCGUCCCGCUGCUGGAAACCGAUAGGCCGCUGCGGGGCGUCACAUGGGCGAACAAAAAGAAGGAGGGCUGCGACACGGCCGUCCCGCUGGUGCGGAAGCCAUCUGGCCCAGACGCCGACUAUGCGCAUGUGCGAAGAUAGAGCCAAGGUUCCAACUUCGUAACGCCUAAGCCAAAUGUUUCAGGCACAUAUUUUACUUUAGCCAUUCAGCACAGAAAAAAAAUACGGACUAAGCCCAACAGCUUCGACCUACCUUCCAUGGCGCCUUCUAGCGUAUCUCUCGGGCCGCGCAAAAGCAAGGCGCCGACGGUAGGCCAUACAGUUUGGCGUCUGUUCUGAGCCCGAUGUCACAGGAUUUUGCUUGUGUGAUCUCUCAUGUACGACAUGGACAUGUUUCAUUCGGCACUCCUGCGCUUUCCUGUCCAAGGCAGCAGGCGCCCCCGCCAUCAAGCUCUCAGAAAGCUGAGCCGGUCACGACCAGCAAAGCGAUGGCAGGCACGGUAUCGUCGAAAGAGACCCCGUGAUCGCUUUUUUGACGCUUCAUGUCGCUAGAAAUCGUGAUGGGAAAUCUUGACGGAAGAUGCCAGUCCAGUGGAGGGUUGACGAUGUGGGGUUUUGCAUGUCUACUUUAUUUUGGUCUUCAGCAAAAAGUUAGCACAUAACAGACCGAUCCCGGUUACGUUUUACUCAUGGGAGCGAACGCGCGAAACCGGUUUCGUUUGGGGACUUUUCGGAAACGUGCGUUCGCCUGCAGUUCUUUGGCGGAUUUAUGUAAUGUUAAACCCCCUCGCCCUCGCGAGGACGUAGAGCGGCGCACUCGCUUUGAACAGCCGGCCCGGUCUGAAAUCGGAACACCAGCAGACCUCUGGUCUGGAACCUAUUCUCUUUAAGAGCGGGGGACUGCGCGCAGGCAGGCGAUCUGUAUUCCCUCCGGUCUAGGGUCCGGGAGAGGUUCCGUGGGAGGGUCGUAGAGGGUCCGAGAGGGUGCCCCGAGAGGUAGCCUAGAGGGUCCCGUGGGGGUCGCGAUAGAGGGUCGUCUAGUGGGCCGCCCUAUCCCACCCUCUCCGACCCUCUGGACCCUCCCCCCCGCCGACCCUUUAUUUCGCCUCAUAUAAAUGUGUCCAAGAUCGGGAUCGCAGCGCAGGACUCGCUUUGAGUGAUCUUCUGGAGCUUAGGAAGCUGCACACUCAUCAAUACCCGAAAGCUCUUCCAGACCCAAGCACAUUAGCAAUGCAUAUGUGACCGGUUAACCAAAUCGCUGGAGAUAGUGUCCGGCACAAUCGGUUCCUUUGUAAUGCUAUGAAGAGUACAACUACAGCAAGCGCCGCAGUCGCAAACGAGGAUGACAAUCUGGCAACCGUGUGUUGUUUACUUUUGUGGUGCGAAUUGAAAUUUCUAAUUCUAUUGAAUUUCUCUGGACGUGGACCCCCGUGUUUUGAUGUAAGUAAGUGCUCCGAGUGUUUCUGCAAGAGACGCCCGAUCAAAUAUGUCCAGUAGAGUUCCGCUUUUUAGGUCUUUCGACGUUCGUCUAAAGCUGCCGUCUUUCCUGAGAAAGAUUGUGGGUCUCAGGCUCAACGCAGCCUCCUCUCAAGAGCUACAAGAUGAGUACAUAUUCUCUUGAAGCGCCAGUUUCCGCUGCAGAAGGUACAACAUGCGGAUCAAAAGAGCUUCCGCUUCGAAUGGAGCAGCAGGGUUUAUUUCAAGCAAGGGUGGCCUGUAUAGUGUCAUUGUUGACCGAGCCUUGAGUGUCAUUGUUGACCGACAUAGCUUUGUGCGAUUGGUCGCCAGAAGUUCUGGCACGCAGGUGCACGUUCCGCUGCCUGAACUGUGGAGGUAGUUUAUUUUUGGCAAGGUGCUCGGAUUCUCACACAGGCGCGUAUUUCUUGCGGAAACUUCUGUCGUGAAAAACUCACAACUUGAAAAGUUCGUAAGUUUAUUUUAUACUCGAGUGCACCUUGUCGUUGUCCGUAGGUUGGGCGUGAAAAGGGCGCAGGACAGUUUGAAGGCGUUCGUGAUGUUGUGGAAGCUCCAAAAAUAGCUUUCAAUGUAGGGAAUAGAUACAAACAUAGCCGAGCCGCGUUUUAUUUUUGCCCGGGGUUCGUUUUCUAUUUCAUUUUUUGGAGGAAGGUGCAACUGGAGAAGUUUAUAUUUGAUACAGGCAUCGCCUCCGCUUGCGCUUCGAGCGGUGGAACCAAGAGACGCGGAAGCGUUCCUUGCAGGUUUCGACUCGCUUCCGCCUGCACCGGCCAGCACGCGCUUGAUCAACAGAUCGGCAGGUGGCCACGGCGGGGCUUGGGGCAUUGGGCUAGCCAUCACUGGCUGUCUUUUUUUUUAGUCCAUGGCGCAACGAACGCAGCGAUGCGACUAGGCUCUUUUUGUGAGAGGCCUCGCCAAUUUACGACCCCACACACGGCCUCGGGCUGUCGGUCGGUGUGUGUGUUUUCCCUUUCCUCUUCGCCUUAUUCAUUUGCACGAAAAAAGGUUUCGCGCUACUUCUUAUUUCACAGCGACGGAGUACGUUUGCUCCCUCGGGCGUGCCGCAUUCAAAGGUUGGAAAAGUCCAAAAGGCGUUCUCCUCUUAACGCAACUAAGGGACCGAAUGGAAUGCUUCCAUUCCAUUCCUAACCGGAUGGAAUGCUGGAAGCACAAAGGUGCAGCAUCAUCAUGCAUGCGUCAUUUAUUACCAUGCGGCGUCCUUGCCACUUGCAUUUUGAUUUCUGUGGCUAGAUUGAAUGCCUCAUCUACGUGCGACUUCGUUGCUUUGGCAUGUGAUGAGAGCGCUGAUCGUUGGCCUACAACAGCCAGACCGACCUGAGCAUUUGAUUCCGCCCUAUGAUGAAGCGGCCUGCGUAUGUGCGUGCCCCUGCGGAACUUAUCCGUACACUGGUGAAGAAGAAAUGUGGCGGAUGACGCUGCUUAGUUUCGAGUCCCUUCGUGGAGAUAUCGGCGGGUUUUUCGUGCAUAACGCCGAGUUGGAACCUAAGGGGUACCUAAGAAGCAACGCACAGAGCUAUCAGUGGGGCGCCGAUGGCGCUGAUAAGGACGAAGAAAAAGAGAAGUCUUGGUGGUUUACUGAUGAAUCAGAACAAUUUGUGAAACUUACUACUGGAUCUGGAGCAGACGCCUUUACUGAGAUAGAGAGGUCCCAGGCAGAGGCGUUCCUUGAGUCGCCGAUUCCGUGGACUGGGCUGGUUGUGCCGGACCUCGAUUACGAUGAAAGGACCGUUCUCACAUACCGAGGGUGCUGGCAUGACUUCUCCGCUUCCAUCGUUGCGCUGCGAGAUGCGUACCGAGCGAUGCCAAAAUAUGCAGGCUCGGUGACCGCCACGGCAGCGGUAGAAGAAUGCGCGAACCUAUGCGCGAGAUAUUCAGCUCAAAAGUUUAAGUACGCUAGGGCGCUUCACUCUGCUGUGCAGUCGGGAACGGAGUGCUACUGCGCGGACGAAACUGCGAGGAACACCAUCGGCCUCGUUGACAAUCCCCUGACAAAAGUGUUCCAGUGCAGAAAGAAGCUGAAUCCCCUGCACCAUAGAGCUUAUUGCAGGAAUGAUCCGAAAACCGGAGGGUUUCCCGACAGGCAGGGGUAUCACUGUUUUAAGGCGUACAGGGAUAGUGAUAACAAGCUAAAAGGGGACGACGUUGGGACACUAGACGAAAACCCCGACGAGUGCUCCGGCAUAAACUGCGGGGCGAUAUCACUAGAACUCAACGACGCACAGAACGAGGUCAAAGAUGAUUCCGAAAAGGAAUGCGUGGAGAGGAGGACGACGCAGUGGGCUGGAUGCAAGCCGCCAUUCAUCGGGUGUUGGGCGCACAUCAUUAACCUGCGGUGUUGCUAUGUAUGGGAGGCCUUUGCAAAGGCGCAAGGGAUAGACGUUGCUGCGGCUGCGAGCCUAUCGGAGCACACUCAAAGGGAAGCGGGGCACAAGUUCGGCCACGGGGGCAGGAGGCCGGUGGGCGGCUUACGACCAACGGAAGUGCGCGCAGCUACAGCGAGCGGGCUAUCGGAACACAUGCAGAAGGCAGCCGGCCACGGGGGCAGCGGGUUGAAGGGCGACUGUGUACCGCCGGCAGGACAGUUUCCGAGUGCAGAGGAGGGCAAUACAUGGUCGCAGUAUGGCCCCGCGCCGUGUACACCUACACAAGAUCAAGCUACGAAAAUCUAUGAACACGUCACGGAUCAAAGCGAUGAGUUCUACGAAAAAAUUUGGUACGGCGGAGGUAAAUACGAUAACCCUCUGUGGAAGCCCCCCAAAGCCACUGCGGCUAGCCACGGCCCUUCUUGGGGCAGUGGUGCCGCGUCUGCGGGAUGUACCGAGCAACACAAGAGCGCUUCCUACUUGGUCAGGGACGGUACUGCAGUUAAUCCACUCUUGCAGACGAGUCCGAAAAUUGGGCAAAAGCUAUCGAACGCGGUUUACGAGCGGCCGGCGGACAUGAGAACAGCACGGGUUGGCGAAGAGCUGGCGGCGCAAUCGCUGCUGAUAAAAGCCGGCCGUCCCUGGGUCGGAGGAUUGUUGGGUAUGUUGUACAGAUCUUGCUACGUAGUGUCGGCCGAUUGGAUAGCGACCCCACAGACCAGUAGGCCGUUCGUGAUCAAUUGCUUUAAAAUUUGCUAUCUCCGAAAUACGCGGUAUGCAGGGGUCGGCUUGACAGCCAGUGGGCGUGUCUGUUACUGUGGCAGCGACCUAGGGGGCCUCGCGGUUACAAGUAAUCCGUUACAGAAAUGCGGCUACGUUGGACCAUCGGAGGAUAUGGAUAGUCGAUAUGUCCGACCGCUCAAUUAUCCCUGCGUAACCACAUGUAAGCUCGCAAUACUACCCUUCGUCCGCGGUUGGCUUGCCUGGAAUAAAGUUUUAACACGUGCUGCGCUUGCCGCCACGUCAGAGAGAGGGCAGGCCGUGGCUUCGUCUGGUUUGCUAUCUUUCUAUGCAGGCCAGACCGCCAGCCGUUGCGCAGACAAAGGAUGACAUUAGAAAACGAAUUCAACUGAAAUGUUGCUUGGCAUGGGCACAAGAGCUGCGGCGCUCGGCGGAAGAGGGAGCUUUCAGCUGUGCCACGUAGGAAACGAGUGCGGCUCUUGCUCGUGUGAAAAGUCAAGAACACUUCGCACCCAUGCAAGUGGCUCGGUAGCCUCUUCACUUCAAGAAAGUGCUGCUAUCGCGUUCGAUGCCCCCCUGGCGGCAGUUCCAACUUCCCACCGGUUUAUUUCAAGUGCUGCUAAUUUACUUUACUAAUUACAAAUACAAAUACAACUACCACGGCCAAAGAAGGGGGGCGCAACCUUACACCAAACUUUGAGAAUGGCAUUUGCGGUACAGCCUAGGCGAAGAGAAGAUUACGACAGAAGGGGAGCCCAGGUGGGCGUCUGCGGGAAGUAUCAACGCCAUGGCAGUUUACGAAUUCCCCACGAAACUGGAUGAGGCGCCGGGGGUGGAAUGCAAGAAGUGUGGUAACGUAAACGUACAUUCGGACCAUUAUAACGUUGGCGAUCCCACCAACCACGAUCCCGCGCAGCAGUGCGUUCUACCGCACAGGCCACUGGAAGUAGAUGACAGGCAAAGCCAAACAGACGCAGCAAACAAUUUGGAAUGGUGCGCGGAGAGAAAGAAAGAAGGGGCGACCUGCGAAUUUGAAGAGGACGCGCCUUGGAAACCCAAGGCGCGCAUCUUGGUAGAACAAGGGUAUUACGAGAGUCCCGCACCGAGGAAGAAAACGCUGUCCAAGGUAUACAUUCCUGGGACCAAAUACUACGCAGCCGUGUCCUUCAGGUGGAAUAUGUCUGUGUAUGACAGCUAUGCGUCGCAACAGCACCACGAUCACGCACGACAAAAUCAAAUUGCAUUCGCGAAGUGUUGCUUCUGCCAGCCUUCCGUGGUAGAUGAUUCCUGGUAGAGGAGGGAGAAAAGCUAUGCAUCUGCUGGGACGACACACAGAUGGCCGACGUCGACUAGAAGGAGGCAGUGAAAAAACUUGGGUCUGUAGUACUUUCAGAUCGGUCAUGCAGCAUUGCAAUUCGAAUUCGUUCGUGUACGAUGUUGAUUUUGUGGUGGAUAUGAAUGCCCAGACCAACGAAAUUGUAAAGUGUGGAGAUAACUCAGGAGAUUUUAUGCGCUGGAAAGGGAGUAAAGAUCAAUCGCAUGAAACAGCCAGGCCGCCGAUUUCGCAUUUAUUUCACGAAGUUAGAAUUGGUUUGCAUGCAUAGCGCGUGUUGCUUGUUCUUGUGUGUUUUUGUGUUAUGUAGAUACUGUGGGUGGAGGUGCCAGCACAACAGUGCUUCACUUGGUUGAUGCUGGAACUGCUACAAUGAGUCUCUUUUUUCGAAGUCGCCGAGGCGGCUGGCUCCGCACAAUGGUUUUCAGGCUUUUCCCGAUGACAGAACGCAACGUAUACAGCGAAACGAAGUCCUGUGCCAUGGUGCCACUGCCUGGGUCUCGAGUGUGUGAUGCAUGCGUCCCCGGAAAGACCACGAACGCUACGAACUAUUGCGUUACUUGCCCGAAUAUCAAAUGCAAAUAAGUAUGUCUAGGUCCACCUCUGGAAAAGUGCAAAGUUUGAUGUCGUGCACACUUUGCAUGAUCUUUGAUGCCUGUGCUGUGUGGUACAGCAUCACAUAUUUUCUAAGGGCCUCUUGAUGCCUAUCCAGCUUGAGAAAUGCCCUCUCCGUCUCCACGUAAGUACCAAAAACUGAACUCUUCCUGAUCAUGCAAAAAUACAGAUUUUUUUAGAACCCAAAGGCGGCAUCACGAGUUGCAUUCUUCCAGACCCAGACAUACUUGCAAUGCAUACCGAACAUGCCCGGUUGCGAAGAUCACAACACUACGAAAACCGCAGAGACGUGCGUGCAAGUGGAUAACUCCACAGAGGACUUUUACCGCACUUGCAUCAAGUGCGCGACGAGUGGCUACUAUGAGAUCGAGGUUCCGGGAAGCGACUCCAAGCGAGUUAUUUGCGAGCCGUGCCAGGAGCUGGGCCAGUGCGAGCUGUACGUUGAGGGGACCAACUGCCAAGCCACGCAGGGGAAGCGGCACUGCGAAAUGUGCAAUCCGACCUACAUGCUGGGGCCCGACAGUCGAGGGGAGGGCGACUGCGUGCCGUGCACUGGCGUGAAGGGUGCGAAGGUGCCCAACUGCGAGAAAGUGUCUGGCCGCUGCGACCAAGUAUCCGGGCUGUACGACAAAUGCGAGACCUGCGCAGCGGGCUACGAGUUGAAUACGGUAACAGGGGCGUGUGACGAGCUUGGCUUGCUAGCUGAUCUCUUCAGCACCGCCAACAUCGGGGCCGCGAAACUGGCGAUGUGGGGCAUAAUCGGGAGUGUCUUCAUUGGCGCCGUGUUUUUUGUUUACCACGUCGUGCAUGGGGGACACCACGCCCACUUUUCCAGUGCGGCCUUCCACGAUCCCGCGCAGCAAGUGUGAGAGUGCACAAACCCCGCGAAUCCCUUUGUCUCAUGCGAAACACCAAUGUCACACGGACACGUUUCCUUAGGCGUUUGCUACUACUCAAAAAUUUUGCAUGACAAGGUAGGUGGUCUCCUGACCCUUUCGGUCGUCACCACUCCGCCGGUAUUCGUGCUUGCGCGGUACCUCACGAUGACGAUGGUUUAAAGUUUGUAGUUUUGAUUUACAAAAGGGACGCCCUGCCCUUAGUUUCCCAACAUGACAAGGUCCCGAGGCUCGCAGUACAGACCUUGUGUGGAUUUGUCAUUGAGAAGCCAGACUUCCAGCCAUCAAAUGUGCUACCGAGGAGGAGAGGGAGAGGUGCAAUCUCAUAGCAAGCGUGGUGGAGCGGGCAGAGCAUGGGCGGUGACCCAACGGUAUGCAUCGCAAAUGUGUCUGGGUCUGGACAGAAGUUAAACCUUCUUCUUAUGCGUCAUAUAGAUCACACAAAAACUUGGUUUGCGCGAGUAGCCCAAUGUGCCUGCUCUGGCCAUGCUGCGACUGUUUUUUUGAAUUGGAAUAGUAUUUUGAUGCAUUGCAAUAAAGCUCUUACGAAACCCAAACCCGUGAUGUAGUGCCCUGCAUUCCAGACCACCUCGUAAGGCAUCUAGUAAGAUCUGCAAGUCAAAUUUCUGGACUUAGCCAGACCCAGAUCUAGUUGCGUUUGAUAGACCUACCAAGACCCCUACGGUGGCGUUGUCGGCACGAAUGACCAAUACGGGUAUGACUACGGAGGAGGUUAUGGUUACUAAAAGCGACCCCAAGUGAUAGCGAUACAUCAAAAAAAAUUGGUACGUAGAACGUAAGAAAAAGCGAUAAAUUUUUACAACUUGUCAUUUAUUUUUCGCAAGGACAUGUAGUUCCCGAUCGUCCCGUGAAAUUAAGCUUGUCCGCUGGGCCCGAGGUGGAGGUAGCUACGGUGAUGAGUUACUGAGACAAAAUUCCAUUUAUUCUCUAUGUGGCUGUUGUGUAUAAACUUUUUUAUUGGACCGCCUGCUCGGCAUGACGAACAUGACGGGCACUGGGUCACCUCGACGGGCACUAUUAUAGCCGUGACGGCCACUCCUAGGGGCGAAUCCAUUUUUUGACUACGCCAGAUGGCAGUUGAAGCUCCAGCUUUUUGUAAAAAAAUAUGAUAGUGCUCGUACUUUGAAGCCGAAGUUUUGAUGACAUUCCCGCGAAGCUUUCGGUUACUCAACAGUUUUCAUUUCCAAGAAAAACAAAAGGCCAGCCUUCUUCACGUUUUUUAUUCAACAGUGUGAGGGAGAGUUAUUGCUGUUGUAAUUCAAGAGGCUCCCACACUACGUUUUUUAUUGAAUUUGAAAGAAAAGUGCAGGCACCCACUGCAAAACGCCUUCAAGAGACUCUGAAAAAGUCACAACACGCGAGAGACACGCUUAUAGAACAAACAUUUAUGUGCAUAGAAAUUUUGAAAAGUUCAGGCAGAAAAGCAGCGAUAGUGCUGUAAGCUGCAAAAUAGAAAAAAUAAAGGAACCGGCGGAGCGCUGCCUCGCUCAAGGCGGUUUAUGUACUUUAUAUUUUGCAACUUUUAUAUGUCAUUCUUUUUGGAAAAGCGAGUGUCUAAGGUAUCAAAAUCAACGAGAUGAAGAAGGAAUCAAUCAUGCUACGAUCGUACUAACUUACGUGACUUUGGUCAUUUAUCGAUGUUGUAUUGUCAUCUAAUGGUGAGGUGCUGGUGUCGGUGCCUUGGCGUCGAUGGCUGCGCCGUGCCUGGUGAGGCAAGUUUCGCGAUCUCCAUGGUAUGGUAUGGGCGUGCGUGGCGAGUAGCGUAGCACCUAAUCCUUGUGCCAAGUGCGACUACUUGUGCCCGACUCUGGUGCUGCCAGGCAGUCUUACCCCUUGCCAAAGUACUACACUACUAAAACUUUCACUCUCCACAAGCUUUUUUCGUUGUUUCGCGAAACAGAAAAAAAAAAUUAAUAGGAUACCUAGUAUCGUUUUUUUCAAAAUGCACGACCUAAUCUGAUAAAUACUGUUAUUUAAGUAAGGCGCCCUUUCGAAAGGGACGUGAGCGUGACGAGGUGACUCUCUUCGUGUUGUUCCAAAAAGGGAAAGGCGGAC